AUGGCUCGCCCAACACUCUUUUCCUCUCUUCUGACUAGCUUCAUAAUUAUCUUCUCCAUCAUCCCAACAACCAUCGCCGCCGCAAACGCAACAGCAACCUCCUGCAACGGCCAAUCCGCCUUCUGCGACCGCAAAUACUCCAACAUCACAUACCUCGGGGCGCACGACAGCCCCUUCGUCGGCCCUCUCCCCCAACACAACCAGAACCUCAACGCAACCGCACAACUUGAUUUCGGCAUCCGCUACCUCCAAGGGCAGACACACAAGAUCGAAACCGACGACGCCCUCCGUCUGUGCCAUACCUCCUGCUUGCUAGAAGACGCCGGGACGCUCGAGUCGUUCCUCGUCACGGUCAAGACCUGGCUGGACGGUCAUCCGAAUGAAGUGCUGACUCUGCUCCUGACAAAUGGCGACGGGGUGCCGGUGUCCAAGUUCGACGAGACGUUUACCAAGGCGGACAUUAAGAAGUAUGCGUUCGUGCCGGAGCCCUCGUCAGAGGUCCUGCCGCUCGGGUCGUGGCCGACUCUGGGAGAGCUGAUCAGUAAGGGAAAGCGGCUAGUGGUUUUUUUGGACUAUGGUGCCGACGUCGCCACUGUCCCUUACAUCCUCGAUGAAUUUGCCUAUUACUUCGAAACCCCGUUUGGCGUGACCGACCGCAAGUUUCCAAAUUGCAGUAUCGAUCGGCCACCAAAUGCGAAUGCAGACGGGCGCAUGUACAUCGUUAACCAUUUUCUAGACGUUGAUAUUCUAGGAGUCUUGAUCCCCGACCGUCUUCGAGCCCCGAGGACGAACGCUGUCUCUGGGGAAGGGAGUAUCGGAGCGCAGGCCGAUCUCUGCAGCUCGAAACAUGGCCGACUGGCCAAUGUAGUCCUGGUGGACUUUGUCGAUCAAGGCCAGGUGAUAGCGGCCCAGAAGAAGUUUAACAGGGUUUAA